UUUUUUUGAAUUUAUUUAAUGCUUCGAUUUAAUGUUCCGCAUUCUUGUAAAAAUUAUGCUUCUACUUUUUCACUUUGUUUUGGACGAGUAAAUUUGAAAUGUUUUUAUUCUACCCAGUCUCAACAAGCAGAAAAACAUUUUUCUCCCCAAUUUCAACCGAUUAUUGGCCUUGAGUUGCAUGCACAAAUCGCUUCAAAUACCAAACUUUUUUCUGCGAGUUCGUCGGCACACAACGCCUCUGUGGAGUCUAACUGCCAUGUUUCCAUUUUUGAUUCAGCAAUACCUGGCACACUUCCUCGUUUGAACAGUUCUUGUAUUCAUAAAUCCCUUUUGGCAGCCGUUCUCUUAAAUUGUCAAGUUGCCGAUUUUUGCAGAUUUGACAGAAAACAUUACCUCUAUCCAGACUUGCCUUUAGGCUACCAAAUCACUCAAAAAGCUAAUCCAAUAGCCAAAAAUGGUUAUUUUAAUUUUUAUGUAAAUUCGGAUGAAGAAGACGACUCGGUUUAUUACCAAAAAUCUGUUGGAAUAGAACAAAUUCAAUUAGAAAUGGACAGUGGAAAAUCUAUAAGACAUGGAAAUUUGGAUUUGAUUGAUUUAAAUAGAGCGGGGAUUGCUUUAAUUGAAAUUGUGACAGCUCCAGAUUUUUCCAACACAAAUGAGGUUAUUUGCUUUGUUGAACAGCUUAAAAUGGCGCUUUCUCAUAAUGGAAUUUGCUUGGGACAAUUUCAUGAAGGCAAUUUAAGAGUGGAUGCAAAUGUUUCAGUUUCCAAAAAUGGUGAAAAAGGAUCCAAAGUUGAACUAAAAAAUUUGAGUGGAAUUGGCUAUAUGUAUUCUGCUUUAAAUAAUGAAAUUAAAAGGCAACUUGGAAUGGUGAAAAAUGGAGAAUUAAUUGAAGAAGAGACUAGAGCUGUUGAUGAACAAGGGUUUGAUUUUGGUGAUAAAUUGAUAAGAUAGAAUAGUGUCUUAGAGAGUGUUUUUCCUUCCCUUUCCGUGAAUUCCAAAUAUUUUUGCCG